AUGUCUUUAAUGGAGGGUUAUUGUAAUUUAUCAAAAAAAGAAUUAAAGGAAAGAGGGGAUUUACAUGAUGCAUCAAAAUAUGAGCCACCAGAAAUAGAACCAUAUAUUUGGUUAACAUGGUACCAUCAUUGUAAACACUGUAAUAUAGAUUUCAAGUAUCCCGAUGGAGUUGAGAAACUAGUUAAAGAGGGUUGCGAUCAUCAUUUACAUUGUAAUAGACACCAUCCAGAGUCGCAUAGUGACCCAAAUGAAAUGAGUGUGCUUGAUAUAGUGGAGAUGGUUUGUGAUUGGUCUGCAAUUAGUCAAGAAUUAAAUCAAGGAUCAUGUAUAAAUUAUGUAAAACAACACAUUUCAAAAUGGUCAUUUUCAAAUGAAAAAUUAAAUUUUAUUUUUAAAACAAUAACCGAAUUUGACAAUAGAUAUAAUAAUAAAAAUCAUAAAUAA